AUGCAGUACGUUAAUCAUGAAUACUAUCACGUGAUACUUGAGCCUACUCCCACUCCAGAUACUGAAGUAAACGAGCCCGAAGCAAGGGAGACUGUGGAGUCAGAAGAAAACAAAGAAAAAUACUACGUCCCGACUCGUUUUCCCAAUGAGGAGCUUUCAAAAGAAGCCAUGCGGAAGUACAUCGCAGAUCCUUGCAACACAACACUCGUUAUCAAACACCCAAAAGUCGCCCAAAAGUCAUAUGGGCGGGAAAGACGACUCAUUUGCCCACCCCCGAUAAUUUCUCUCGAAGGGGAGGGCUGGAAACUCAAGCAAAAGGAGAUUCACGACAGAGCCGACUACAAAGACGGAGAUGAAGAAAUUUUCGCGUUCAUCGGCAUUGAUAGCGAUUAUCAACAACUAUACUUUGGAAAAAAUGACUUUUCUGUAGCUCGAACGCUUUCUGUUACCGAAACGGAAAAGAGGAGCUGCGGAAGCACCGCCAAACGUGACUUCACACUGAAUUUGAAAAUGUUUUUCGGGAAUGGAGAAAGCUUGGGCAAUUUCGAGUCCCUACCAAUGUCCGUGAUCGCCAAGCCGUCAAAGAAAAGAAAGACGCUCAGAACAAAAUAUCUUCGCGCAGAAGGGGAAAAAAUCCUCGCAUCUUCAGAAAAAUGGGGCUCUUUUUACAUCUAUGUGGUGCCGUAUGAUCAAGCCGAAAGCGAGGAAUUCAAAGCCGAAGAGGGGAUUAUCCACUACGGGAAUACUGUAAAGCUGGUCUGCACAGAAACAAGCAUGGCACUGCCCUUGGCAAUCAUAGGCAGAGUUGACGGUACACAGGCUCUGCUUGAUGAAGACGAUCCUGUUUCCGAGCUUCAGAAAUGCUGUUUCCGUUUCAGAGACAAUCCUAUGCACUACCUUGCUGUCCAAGGUGAAAAGAUCGUCCAGCAUGUUGCUGUGCCCGUCUUAGGAGACCAUCGAAGACACAUCAUUCCCGAAAACUGCGUUCUGACGAUUAUAUCGACGCAUCAAGAAAAAUACACCUUUUGCGAUACUUCCUCCGCCGCCGACUUUUCAUUGCCGCAUCCAGUUAUCCAAAAAGUCCUGCUCGAUGCCUCAAGAGGAAAUGCCUGCUUGGAUCUACUCGGGAAAAACUUCAGUUCGACUUUGAAGGUUUGGUUUGGCGAUUGCGAGGCGAAGACAAUCAUUCAAUCGGAUACGAACAUCAUCGCAAUGGUACCUGACAGGAAGUUGGUCCAGCCCGAUUUGAGCCCCGAAAUGGCAAAAGAAAAGCUAGAUGUUCCGAUCAGUCUUGUUCGUUUCGAUGGAGUGAUCUUCCCCUACGAAGAAUUCCACUUCACUUAUUGCCCCGAAACUGACGAAACUUCGGGUGCACCUGUCGUCGACAAUCCAAGCCCGAAGCGAGCAAAAAUCGACGAAAAUCCCACUCUCGACACAGAAAACAACCCCUUAGCCGCGAUCCAACCUAGUUCACCGACCAAAACUGACACUUAG